AUUAAGUUUCCAACUAUUAUAAGGCUAACUAGAAUUCUCCACUUCCAUAUAUAUAAUUCCUUCAAUUUCAAUUCAUAUAUAUUAUUAUUAUCACGCAUAUAUCUUAUUUAAAACAAUAGAUUAUAUAAUAUAUAAUAUGAUAUGAUGGAAGAUAAUAAUAUUAAGCAUGUAGUAAAUAUGAAGCAGCUUCCUCCAGGGUUUAGGUUUGAUCCAAGUGAUGAAGAGCUUGUAAUUCAUUUCUUGCACUCCAAGGUUUCUUCUUCAUCACCUAAUAAUCUUUGUCUUAUUCCUGAAUUAGAGGGCUUCUAUCAUCACUAUCAUCCUUCUCAACUCCAUGGCGAAGCAUUGGAGAGCUGUGGUCAGUGGUACUUUUACACCAAAAAGACGGAGAAUCGGAUAAAUGAAAAUGGAUAUUGGAAAGAAUUAACGGACAUGGAUCAACCCAUUUUUGCAAGGAAUUCCAACAAAUUAGUGGGUUGGAAGAAAUGCUUGGUCUUCUUUAAGGGUACCUUCCCAUUAACAGGAAUCACAACUGGAUGGUUUAUGCAAGAAUUUCAUGCAUGUAGCCCUAAUUUUGGAGACCAAAUCCACCAUAAAAGAAGAUCAAAACGUUCCGAUGUUAACAAAUGGGUGCUUUGUCGGGUACAACAAAUAUGUGAUGAGUCACAUUGGAUGAAUACUUUCUCCUAUGAAGAAAAAUACAACAGUGAAGUGGAGCUUUCAUCUUCUGAUGAACUAUAUUAUUCAGCUAUGGACGAUGAUCAAGAUGACAUUAUUAGUUGCCCACACUAAAACGUACAUCACCUUCAUCAAAAAAAGAAAGGAAAAAUAU